AGAGAAUGCAGCUCCCUCCGCCCGCAGGCUCGGAGAUACUUCCUGAUACACCUGAGCAGGUGAGGAGGAAGAGAAGAGCGUUUUCAUCUGGGGCAUGAAAACAAACCAAAGGAUCAGCGUGAAACUCCAACGUCUGAGGCUAGGAAUAUUUCUUCAGGAGUUACUGAAAGAAAGGAUUCUGCUUUCAUGAUGACGGACUGUAUAGGGACUCAGCUGGUGAGUGCCAUCCAUUUACAGGAGGUGGAACUACAAGAGAAACCUGCAGACAACCCGCAGGGCAACAGAAGCAAAAAUAACAAUGCAGAAGAGAAGUUCACUGUGGAGCAAGCUGUGGAGACGAUUGGCUUUGGACGCUUUCACAUCCUGCUGUUUGUCAUCAUGGGCAGUGCCAAUAUUGUGGAAGCGAUGGAAAUCAUGCUGUUAGCUGUGGUUUCUCCAGAGAUUCGAUGUGAGUGGCGUUUGGAGGACUGGCAGGUCGCGCUCGUCUCCACUAUGGUGUUUGUUGGCUUCAUGGUUUGUGGAGUUUUAACAGGUUACAUCGCUGACAGAUAUGGACGCUGGAAGGUGGUUUUUGGAGGUUAUGUGUGGAGCUCGUAUUUUUCUCUGCUCACAUCAUUUGCUCCCACAUACGGCUGGUUUAUCUUCCUGCGCAGCAUGGUGGGCUGCGGCGUCGCAGGGGUGUCACAGGGGUUUGUGUUGAAGACGGAAUUUAUUCCCGCCAAGUAUCGAGCCUAUCUGCUGCCUCUCGGCACUAUCUUCUGGAUGACUGGCUCCAUGCUGAUCAUCCUCCUUGGGAUGCUGGUGGUUCCCACUAUGGGCUGGAGGUGGAUGAUCCGGCUCUCCAUCACACCAAGUAUCAUCCUCAUCUUCCUCUUUAAGUUCAUUCCUGAGUCGGCUCGUUACAACGUGUCUGCAGGGAAAGUCGAUGCUGCCAUGAAAACGCUGCAGUGGAUCGCCAAAAUGAACCGAGCCUCUCUUCCUCCAGGACAGCUGGUGGAGCCUGCUCUGAAGGAACGCGGAAGCUGGAGAAUUCUGCUCAGUUCAUCUUUUAGGAGGACAUCUCUGCUGCUCUGGUAUUCAUGGUUUGUGGCGUCCUUUGCGUACUACGGCUCAGUGCUGAGCAGUUCAGAGCUGCUGGAGAAGAACCUGUUGUGUGUGAUGAACGCUGAUGAAGAGCAUCAGGUCAAACACCGCCAUGAAAGCGGACGCUGUUACUGCAUCCCAUUUGGAAAGAGUGACUAUCAGACGCUGCUCAUCAGCUCCCUGGGAGAGGUUGCUUUGGUCCCUUUAAACAUUAUUCUGCUUAAUGUGUUUGGACGGAAGAAAACUCUUAUGGUGCUUCAACUGUUAACAGCUGUUCUGUUCAUGAUGGUCAACAUCUGCACCACAAUGUUUGGCUUCACCGUGCUGCUAUUUCUGCUCCGGUCUCUGGUUUCCAUGAACUUUAAUGUGGUUUAUAUUUACACAGCUGAGGUGUAUCCAACAGUGGCACGAUCUCUUGGGAUGGGUUUUUGUACGUCAUUCAGUCGGAUUGGUGGGAUGAUUGCUCCAUUUAUCGCACAGGUGCUCAUGUCUCAGUCCGUGAUUCAAGCUCUUACUCCAUUUGCGGUAGCCUGUGUCAUCUGUGCACUGGGAAACUUCCUGUUACCAAUAGAAACCAGAGGACGAGCUUUGCUGCAAAACUCCUGAUGAUUUGUCUGUACAACUUCUGUUUGACUUUUUCUUUAUAUUGACAAUCAUAAAUAUGUUAAAUAUAUCUGUUUCAAUGUGCCUGGACUUACAAGUCUCUGUAAAGUUUUCUGCUGUGCUCAAUACUGGACCUGUUCACGUCUAAUCAGACUGUUGUUUUAAUGGAGAACAAACAACUGUUACAGCCAAUAAACUGAGGUUACUGCAAAAAUCUA